AUGAGGAUGCGUUUGCGAUGUCAUGCUGUGUCGUUCGACUCCUUUCGACUGCUUCUUAUCGGCCUCCUUUUGCCAAUCGAUCGCUUCGCUGCAGCAAUCACUCCGCUCUAUUGCCUUUCAACCCUAGCAACGUCUGUGGUGGCCGAGGAACAACACAAAUGUUGCUUAUUCCUCGCCAUCUGUCCGACCCUCUCACCUCACCUACAAAGUCACUGGCCUAUUUUCGCUUGA